AAGGCUGCCGGUACUCCGCUGUCAUGGCUCCGCACGUAAACAGAAAGUGGUGAAUAGCGACACGUUUCGUAGUGUUUAUCUCACGUGAGCGGUAACUACGAGCGACCCGAGGCCCCGGAAGGAGAGCGGCAGGUACUUCAGAACGUCCCGGUGGGAGAACAGUUCUGUCUGUGGUUCUACUCGUCCUCAUUUCACCCAAUAACGCUUCCGUGUCGCUAAGCGGCUAGCAGGUAGGAGCCCCGCAACGUGUUUUUUUUUUUUAAAGCGAGGCUGCUUCCGUUGCCUGGACCUGAAGACUACAGAGCAGUCAGAGACAAAAAAAAAACGAAUGGUGGUGUAGCAUGUCCGGGGGAAACAGAGCCGUGGAGCUGCAGCUCCAGAUGAGGCAGAACGCCGAGGAUCUUCACAGCUUCAUGCGGGAGCUGGACACCUGGGAGGCGGACAUCAGGAGGAAGGACGAGGAGCUGAGGACUGGACGAGUCCAGGAGGUCCCGAAAACACUCCCCCCUGUCCGGAAUAAAGACCACAAAACCAAGAGGAGCGAAAGGAGGAAGAAGAAGGAGCCUGCUGCUGCUCCUGCUGCUGCUGGCGACACAAAAGCGGAGGAGCCCAGAGUGGCUUCCAGGCUCAGAUCCUAUGAUUAUCCAUCGUGGGACAAGUUUGACGUGGACAAAGCCCUGGCAGAAGUGGACAAGGAGGAGGUCCCCGCCGAGUCCAACGAGUCCGACUCGGAGGAGGUCGACAGGGAGAAGGCGCUGGCCGAGAAGGAGAACGGUAACAGGUUCUUUAAAGAGGGGAAGUACGACGACGCCAUCGAGUGCUACACCAGAGGGAUGGAGGCAGACCCGUACAACCCUGUGUUGCCCACCAAUAGAGCCACAGCCUUCUUCAGACUGAAAAAGUACGCCGUGGCGGAGUCGGACUGCAACCUGGCCGUGGCGCUGGACGCCGGCUACGCCAAGGCGUACGCCCGGAGGGGAGCCGCUCGCCUCGCCCUGCAGAGACCGGAAUCCGCGCUGGAAGAUUACGAGACGGUCCUCAAGCUGGAGCCGAGCAACGCGGAGGCGCAGACGGAGGUGGAGAAAAUCAAGCAGGUCCUCGGCCAGCGCGACGCCCCAACUCCAGAAGGCCAACCCGCGGAGGCUUCCGUAGGCGACCCCGACCAACAGAGGCGGCUGGAAGAGCAGCAGAGAAGACAGGAAGCAGCCGUGCAGAAGGACAGGGGAAACGCUUACUUCAAGGAAGGGAAGUACGAAGCGGCGGUGGAAUGCUACAGUAAAGGAAUGGAGGCGGACGCCACCAACGUCCUCCUGCCGGCCAACAGAGCCAUGGCCUUCCUCAAGCUGGAGAAGUACAAAGAAGCAGAGGAGGACUGUACCACGGCCAUCUCCCUGGAUAACACUUACUCCAAGGCUUUCGCCCGCCGCGGCACGGCCAGGCUGGCGCUCAGGAAGCUGCAGGAGGCCAAAGAAGAUUUUCAGCAGCUGCUACAGCUGGAACCAGGGAAUAAGCAGGCCCUCAAUGAGCUCCAGAAACUCCAGACCGAUCCGAGCUCGGGUGGCGCUCUGCAGACCGGGGACAGCUCGCAGAGGAGGACGGUCCAACCCGUAGACAAACCAGAACAUCUGCGCUCAGCCAAACCUCUGAGGAGGAUGGACAUCCAGGAGAUCAGCGGGGAGCUGCCGGCGCCGGCAGAGGGAGCAGCUCCGCCGUUAAUCCAGGAAGUAGAGAGGAAGACCGAGGACGGAUCCUCCCCGCUGUCCUCGUCGCCCAGCGCCAAGAUGAUCAAAAUCGAGGAGAUAGCAGGAGCCCCGUCACAGACGACUGACUGCUCCCGCAGAGACUCCCGCCAGCCAGCACAGGAGGAAACCGUUCAGGCACCAGAAGCCCCGACUUUAACCCCGUCCGCGCAGACGGACGUGCCUCCCGCCCCCGCCAACAGCUUCCAGCUGGAGUCGGACCUCCGAAAGAUCCGACACCAGCCGGAGGCGGUUUACCGAUACCUCAGGCAAGUCAGUCCUGCAGCGUACAGCCAAAUUUUCAAGAACUCGCUUGAACCAGACCUCCUCAAUCAGAUCCUGAGAACCCUGCGGGAUUUCUUCAUACAGAAUGAAUCUCCGGCCUCCAUCUUGGAGACCCUCGACAGUCUGGCGAGCGUGGGGCGCUUCCACAUGGCCGUCAUGUUCAUGUCUGCGCAGGAGAAGAAAGUUCUUAAGGACUUGUUUGACUUCCUUCUCCAAGCCGAGCUCGACCAGUCGUCCGUGGCGGUCUUGCAGAAGAAGUACGGCGUAUGAUGGGCUGGGAGCCAACUGUUGAGACAUCAAAGCCACUUUUGGUGUCUUUUCUUUGUGUCCGCUGAUCUUCGGAUUCCAGAAGGGCAACUUUCCAUCUUAUAUCAUCUUUAAUGCACCGGAAGAAGAAUAAAGGGCGCUAGUAUGAAGGCACUCAGCUCUCUUUGAAUGUUCCACCGGUUCUUCAACCUGCUAAAUAAACCCAGACCUUUGCUGAACUGAUAAGGCUUCACUUAACCAAAUAAAACAAAUGGCAUUUUUU